CAAGAUUGCAAUGAUUUACUCAAAUAAUAUUUCACUCACGGUAAGCCGUCAUUUUCUGAAAUACAGAAAGGACCGAAAACGGCCAAUAAUCCCGCAAUGCAUCCUGGUUAAGCGUCACCUGGUGCAUCUGCUUGGUGUGCUCCAAAGCUCCCGCCUUUGUGUCUUCCACGCUGAUAUGGCGUCUGGAAAAAAAUGAUCCUAAAACGGGGAAAAAAUAUUUUGAAGGCUUUAGCCUUUUUAGUGGCCGUUUAUGUUUCUUUUCAGCUAAGACUUAAAUGGAGUACUCGUUCCUCCUUUUCUGACAUCGCUAACGAAGAAGUAGAUGUCGCAGAAUAUAUGCAGUGGACACAACUGCAAGAACCGAAAAUAAAUCAACUAAACUCAACCACGGAAUCUUCAUCAAGCUUCACAACGACUUCUAUCCCGCAAAUGAAGCACAAAACAUUUCUCAUAACCAGGAGAUCUUGUAUGCAACAUUACGAUCUUCUGAUGAUUAUCUCAUCCGCUCCAGGUAAUUUCGAAAGAAGGAACAACAUUCGUAAGACAUGGGCAUUCGAAAGAUCCGCAAAACCAAGAUGGACGUCAGUUUUUCUGGUCGCUCAAACACGGGAUGAAGGAGUGUCGAACUUGCUGUUGGAGGAAGACGAAGCUCUUAAAGACCUUGUGCGAGCUAGCUAUUAUGACUACUAUUACAAUCAAACCCACAAGAUAAAAAUGGGCUUCGAAUGGGCAAUAACGUAUUGCAAUUUCUCGUUUCUUUUGAAAUUGGAUGACGACGUUUUCGUGCAUAUUCCAAGAGUUCUCUCC